AUGGCGUCCAGCGAGGAGGACGGCACGGUUGAGGAGAAGGAAAACAACAACAAGAAGAGGACGAAAGGCGCCGUCGCGACCGCAUGGCUGACUUUCUACAACAUCGCCAUGACCGCCGGGUGGCUGGUUUUGGCCAUGGCAAUGAUGCGCUUCUACAUCCAGAAAGGCACACACAAGGGUCUGUACAGAAGUAUAGCCAGAACGCUCAAGUUUUUCCAAACCUUUGCGUUAUUAGAGGUGGGACAUUGUGCCUUAGGGAUUGUGAGGACUUCUGUGAUUGUUACCGGGGUGCAAGUGUGUUCACGGAUCUUUAUGGUUUGGUUCGUCACCAACAGCAUCAGACAGAUCCAGAAUGAAGAAAGCGUAAUCCUAUUCCUGGUUGUGUGGACGAUGACAGAGAUCACCAGAUAUUCCUACUACACAUUCAACCUGCUCCACCACCUGCCGUACUUCAUCAAAUGGGCCAGAUACAACCUCUUCAUCGUCCUGUACCCUCUGGGAGUCGCCGGAGAACUGCUGACCAUUUAUGCUGCUCUGCCGUUCGUACGCAGAUCUGGAAUGUACUCCAUGAGGCUCCCCAACAAGUAUAACGUGUCGUUCGACUACUACUACUGCCUCAUCGUCUUCAUGUUGUCCUACAUCCCGCUGUUUCCUCAGCUCUUCUUCCACAUGCUGCGGCAGAGGAGAAGGGUGCUUCACGGGGAGGUCAUAGUGGAGAAGGACGACUAG